AUCCAGAUCAGAUGGUGAUUAUUUAAUCGGCGAUGCGAUCAUUCAUCCAAUCGGGCCGUCUCGAUCCAAGAGCAGGCCGCCAUCACCAAACCAAACCCGUCCCACUUCCGGCCGGCGUCUGCAGGCUGCAGCCGGCAGUUUUGCGUUUGGCGCAGGAGUUCACGAGCGGGACGGCCACUCCUGACCUGACCCCUCCCAAAUCCCAACACCUCGUGGCCUUCCGCCUUCGCCGCCCGUCUCCGCUCCGCUUCCCCCCGCGGGGCGGGAGCCGGGAGUGCGCGCUCGCGUCCCCCCACCCCCUCACCUCUUCAGAUCUCCCCGGCCGCUGCCUCGGUUGGACCUGGUUGUCGCGCCCAGGCCAAGCUUGGUUGUGUCCCCGGCGACGGCGAUGCGGCGAGGCGCUGCGCUGCUCCUGGUGGCCGUCUUCGCCGUGGUCGCCGUAGCGAAGGGUCGUGCUGAUACCCCACCAGCUGAAACAAAUAGUGAUAGCUCUACUGCACAGCCAGGCCUUGGGAAAUUGGAGCAGCAUGAGCAGGCAAAUCCUAAUAAGGAGCAUGUGACCCACCAGGAAGGAGGAGUCAGCAAUGAUAUUGGUGACAACAACAAGAAGGAUAACUCAACAGAAGUAACCAACAUCAGAAGAGAUGGCUCCAUACAGCAGCCAAAGCACAAAGAUAGCAUCAUGACAAAGUCUUCACAACCACUAGAUUUCUUGGAAGAUUCUCUUAUCAAGGAGUGUGAUCCAUCACAUAGAUGUAUCAUUGAAAACAAGAAAUUCAUCGCCUGCUUAAAAGUUUCUGGAGAAGACUCAUUGGCUCUGUCACUUCUGAUGGACAACAGAGGCAUAAACCCACUAGAUGUUAGCAUCAUGGCUCCAGAUUAUGUCACUUUAGCUGAAGAUUCCAUCCAUGUUGAAGCAAAUGGUCACAAUGAGACACAAGUGAGAGUUUCUGUCAAUGAUGAUGCAAAUAGCACGACAAUAGUCAUCAAAGUUGCAGAAAAAUCCUGCAACAUCAGCAUUCACAGUGCAAUCACAAGGGAGACGGCUGGCAGUGGCAGAGUCAUAAGGAUGCCACUUACGCCAACAUACACGCUACUGCCAGUCUUCCUUCUCCUCGUUGCGGUGGCAGUGUGCAUCGUGGUCCGGAGGUGGCGCAACCAGGACGGCGACCCUGCGUAUCAGAAGCUAGACAUGUCAGACUUGCCGGUUUCGGUUGGAGGCAAGAAAGAACAUGACGAUCGGUCUGACAAGUGGGACGACAACUGGGGAGAUGACUGGGACGACGAGGAAGCUCCGGUGACGCCAUCCAAGCCUCUGCCCAACCCUUCGUCCAAAGGUCUCGCCCCGAGGCGAUCGGCGAAAGAUGGUUGGAAAGAUUAGUUAGCCACAUGACGCCACUUAAAAGGAGCAUUGCGGAAAUAGUUCCAGUGCAUGCAGUAUAUUUUUACCUUCAUCUUUGUUGUUAAAUAUUUCUGGAGGAUGCUAAUGUCAGAGAGUGCAAUACAUUGAUACCAAGCAGAAAAUUUUGUGAUCUUCCUCUGCCAAACUGAGUAACUGGCAGCUAUUGAAUAUAGUUAUUGGACUUC